AUGGCGCCGCACCCGUCGUCGCCGCACCGGCCGGCGCUCCGGCCGGGCAGCCUACAGCGCCUGCUCCGCCCGCACGACCCCUCCGACGACACGGACGACGCCCCCACGCCGCGCUCCUGCUCACGCUCCCGACCCCACGGCGGCCGCGUCCUGCUCCAGGUCACCAACAUCACGCCCGCGCUCUCCGGCGCCGACCCCUUCUCGGGCCACCAGGGCUUCUACCUCCGCCUCUCCGACUCCUCCCGCUCCUGCUACGUCUCCCUCCACGCCGACCACGACGACCUCAUCCUCGCCAACGGCCUCCACAUCGGCCAGGUCAUCGAGGUCGACCACCUCCUGCCCUCCGUCCCGGCGCCCGUGCUCCGCACCUUCCGCGUCCUCCCCGGCCGAUACCCCUGCAUCCAGCUGCACGACUCCACGGAUGACGACGCCGCCUGCUCCGCGCGCGCAGAGGUCAAGGACAAGGAGGUCGUUUCCGAGCGCCCGCGUCGGCCCUCGCCCACGCCGCCCCUCCCGGAGAGGAAAGCGCGGCAGUCGGGCUCCCCUGCCGCGAUCGGCCACAGCCACCGGUCGCGGUCGAUCACGAAUCUGUCGGACGCAUGCGCGGCGGCGUCUUCUCCCGUGAAAACUCGCUCCGGGGAGCGGAGAGGCGCCGAUUUCCUGAAGAAGGUCAGGAAGAUCAGCGUCGCGUCCGUCGACAGCAACAGCAGCGACGUUGACGACGACGAUGACGAGUCGGACGUGGCGUCGUCCUUGUCCUACGCCAGGAGGAACUGGGAUUUCUCCGGCAACAUCAAGGGCACGCGACCCGUCGCCCCCAGGAGACGUAGCAACAGUAUUUCGCCAGGCAAAUCAGGCCCAGACUCCACUGCGCACCAGAAUGAUCCGCUGGAGUCGGUGAGAAGGAAAGCAGAGAAGGCGUUCAAGGUGCUCUCCAAGAGGAACACACACGGCUCCAGCAAGACACCAAGAGAGAGCUCCAGCCCGGCAGCGCCGCAGCAGAGCGCGUCGACGAGCGGCAUAAGGUGGUGCGAGGACAAUGUGUUGUGGAGCUCGCUCUCCUCCAGCUUGGUGAGGCAUGGGAAGGAAGCAGUGAAGCAGAGGGACAUGGCGCUUCAGGCUGUGCUUGACGGUUUGCUGGAGGCUUCUACCACCGAGAAGUUGAUAAAAUGCCUGAUUACAUACUCUGAACUGCAAUCUGACAAGGACGACGACCCGAAGGAGCUCAUUGACAGGUUCUUGCAAUUCUCCCAAGAACUGGAUCAUGCCAUCUUCCUCGCUCAAUCACAGACCAGACUUAGGCACUCGAAAUCAUGUGGUUCCAAUUCAACAUCCUCAGCCUCGGCAAAAACUGCCAUCAAGGCUGCUUUGGACAGGAAACAGUCCGCCAUCUCAUGGGUUAGAGCAGCCAUUGAAGCCGACCUCUCACCUCUCUCUAGCCAUACAAGAGUCACCUCUGAAUCUGCAAAGCUGUCACUGUCUGAAUCAAAGCCUGUCACCCCACGGUUCUGCUGUUCCAAGCCAAAGUGCAACUGUAAUGGCAAGUGCUCGUCGAGGAAACCCGGCGAUGCUUGUGCCGAAGGGAGCAACCUGAGUGCGGCCAUGGACCUGGCCGUCGCAUUGCGGUCGGAGUGCACCCGGUGGUUCCUCAAGUACAUCGACAAGUUCUUGGACGAGACCGAACGUGAUGCCGGCUACGUGACGUGUGAUUCGCAGGUGGCAGGUCUUCUGCAGCAGCUGAAGAGAGUGGAUGACUGGCUCAACCAUGUCGUGCGGCAUGAUAGGAUGCUUCCAGCUGACAGAAUCAGCAGGGAUGGUGUAUUUUCGGAGGAAGAGGAGAAUGAUGCGUGCGAGAGGGUACGGAGGAAGAUAUAUGGGGCGCUUCUAAGGCAUGUCCAGUAUGCUGCAAUGGCGCUAGAGAGUAUCAAUAGUGUAGUAACUGAAGAGGAUAAUUAG